UCUCUCUCCCUCUCUCCCCCCUCUCCUCCACAAUGCACUCCGUGAGUGGACUGCAGUCCCUCGGUUCUCUUUUAUCUGAUGGAGGACUCCCCCUUUCCCCCCGCCUCUCCGGGUGGUAAAAAGGCCCGCCAUGGCGCUCGCCGACUUACUUUCCUCGGCUUUUUUCGCGCUUUGCUGGCUAUGGCCUUUUUCACGCGUCUCCGAAACCGAAAGAACGAGGCUAUCCUGCUGGUCGCCCCGUUAAUCUUCCUCCCGCUGCCCCUGGUGAUCGGCACUUCGGUGGCACAAUGUGCUUACGUGAUCAUCCUGAUGGCGGUGUUCUGGUGCACCGAGGCGCUCCCAUUGGCCGUCACCGCCUUGCUUCCAGUGCUGCUCUUCCCCCUGUUCGGCAUCAUGCAGUCCAAAGACGUGUGCAUGCAGUACCUGAAGGACACCAACAUGCUGUUUGUGGGCGGGCUGCUGGUGGCUGUGGCCGUGGAGCACUGGAACCUCCACAAGCGCAUCGCCCUCAGGGUGCUGCUGUGUGUCGGCGUGCGGCCUGCGCUCCUGAUGCUGGGCUUCAUGGGCGUCACGGCCUUCCUCUCCAUGUGGAUCAGCAACACGGCCACCACCGCCAUGAUGGUGCCCAUCGUCCAGGCCGUGCUGCAGCAGCUCAACAGCGAGGGGGAGCCAGGAGAGAGCCCCCCCAUCCUCUGCUCUUCGGAGGACCCGGGCCUGGAGGUGGAGGGGGAGACCAAGCCGCCCUCCAAGCCCACCAAGCAGGCAGAGGCACAAGUGGUGGUGACCUUCCUGGACGCCUCACUGGAGCUCGCCCGGCGCAAGGAGCAGGCGGAGAACAAGAGGAUGUGUAAGGGCAUGAUCCUGUCCAUCUGCUACGCCGCCAGCAUCGGAGGCACCGCCACGCUCACCGGCACCGGCCCCAACCUGGUGCUCACGGGCCAGAUGAACGAACUCUUUCCUCAGAACGGAGACGUGAUCAACUUUGCGUCGUGGUUCGGCUUUGCCUUCCCUAAUAUGAUCCUCAUGCUCACCCUGGCCUGGCUCUGGCUGCAGUUCGUCUACAUGGGAUUCAACUUCAAGAAGACCUGGGGGUGUGGCUCCGUGAAGACGGAGAAGGAGCUCGCCGCCUACAAGGUCAUCCGCGAGGAGCACCGGCGGCUGGGCCCCAUGUCCUUCGGGGAGCUCAGCGUGCUCGGCCUCUUCGUCCUGCUGGUGCUGCUGUGGUUCACCCGGGACCCGGGCUUUGUGGACGGAUGGGCCACGAACCUCUUCAACGAAAGAGCAGAAUAUGUGACCGACGCCACGGUUGCCAUUUUCAUCGCGAUCCUCCUCUUCAUUCUGCCUUCCAAAGGGCCCCGCAAGUGCUGGGGGCGGCGCAACACCUACGAAGCAGAUGAACCUUCGGGUCCCUCCGUCCCUCUGCUCACAUGGAGGGUGGCCCAGAAGAAGCUGCCGUGGAACAUAGUGCUUCUGCUCGGCGGGGGCUUCGCUCUGGCCAAGGGCAGCGAGGUAUCCGGCCUAUCAAUGUGGAUGGGAGAGCAAAUGAGUCCCCUGAAAACAAUCCCUCCCUGGGCCAUAGCCAUCAUCCUGUGCCUGCUAAUCGCUACUUUCACAGAGUGCACCAGCAACGUAGCCACGGCAACGCUCUUCCUACCUGUGCUGGCCUCUAUGUCCCAGUCCAUCGGGAUGAACCCUCUGUACAUCAUGGUGCCCUGUACGCUCAGCGCCUCAUUCGCCUUCAUGCUGCCCGUGGCCACGCCGCCCAACGCCAUCGUCUUCUCCUACGGCUACCUCAAGGUGGCUGACAUGGCCAAGACGGGCAUCGUCAUGAACAUCAUUGGGAUCCUCUGCAUCACCUUGGCCAUCAACAGUUGGGGCAGGGCCAUGUUCCAGCUGGACACCUUCCCGGCCUGGGCCAAUAACACGGGGGUGUGAGCCCCCCCGUGUCGGAGCGAGGACACUGAGGACGUACCAAGCAGCGUCCAGCGGGAGCUCCAGUUCAAAGACUUCACACCAGAGAGAGACUAUAGGACAACUGGGUGAACCGGGUCCUCCAUGUGGGUCCCUCCCACCUGGGGAGGGAAGGCACUGCUGAAUGUGAGAAUUGGGGUUCAAAGGGCUGAGGAAGUGGAGUGGCAGUCAUGUUUGAAUUAACAUUGCACCCCUAACUUAAGAUAAAGCCACGUUUUGGUAUUGUUAGUAAGGCAUAACUGUGCCACUGGCACUCUCUUUUUCCCUCAGAAUAAACAUCUUUUUAGCUUCA